GUCUUAUCAAUCACAGAAUCACAAUAUACCAGUAAAAAGUGUGUGGUAACAGUCCUGAACCCCUGGUUCACCUUACUCGGUUUGGUUUAACUUUUUUUGGUCCAUAACUUGAAAAGGAAUCACUAAGAUUACUUGCCUCCAAUGCUCAACUAAUGUCUGAUUCUUUGCUCUUUCUUUAAUCCUCCUACUUGAACUUCUCAUGAAGUCAUUCUCUUUCUGCUCAGCCCAUACAAAACAAUUAUUCUCAUUCAUCAUCUUCUCAUUCAUCAUUUUCCAGAUCUCUCUCCAUACACACCAAUGUCGCGCGACACCAACCCUCACUUUUACCCACAACAACCACCGCUGCAUCAAAGCCAACAUCCUCAGCCACAACACAGUCCCAACCUGCAAUUGCCUACACGUCAACCACCACAGCAUCAAAGCCAACCUUGGUCGGAACAUGAUCCAAACAUUCAUUUUCCUAUGCAUCAACACCCACAACACCACCAUGAACAUCCCCGGUCGGGACAUGAUCCCAACCUUCAGUUGCCUACACGCCAACAGCCACAGCAGCAAACCCGUCCUUGGUCGGAACAUGAUCCCAACCUUCAGUUGCCUACACGCCAACAGCCACAGCAGCAAACCCGUCCUUGGUCGGAACAUGAUCCAAACAUUCAUUUUCCUCUGCAUCAUCACCCAGAGUACCAACACGAACAACCUCGGUCGAAACAGCCAAAGCUUAAAAAAAAACCCUCCCGGUCGUCACAAGAUCCCAGGCUUCUUGUUCCUGCAUCUCAACUGCCACAGCGUCAGAAACAUCCCCGGUCGCCACAAGAUCCCAACCUUCGUGUUCCCGCGCAUGAACAACCACCACAGCGCCAAGAUGAGCAUCCCCAGGCACACCUAGUGCCUAUUGUUCAGAGUCCUCAGCCACAUCGUUCAAAUGAUCAGCGCACACCGUCACAGAAUCAACCCCUCAGGGUUCCACGGCAACACAAAACCAAGCCCAUAGCAUGGUUCAUCGCAGUCUUCUGCGCGCUCUUAUGGAUCAUCAUAAUCGUGGGAGGCCUAGUAAUCCUCAUAGUCUAUAUCCUCUUUCGCCCAAAAAGCCCAAAGUUUGACGUGUCAAGUGCCACCCUCAAUGCAGCCUACCUUGACAUGGGUUACCUCCUGAAUGCUGAUCUCACCUUGCUCGCCAACUUCUCGAAUCCAAACAAGAAAGUGAGGGUGGAUUUCGGCCAAAUGACUAUCAAUCUCUACUACGAAAGCGUCCUUAUUGCAACGAGGUCCGUCGAGCCUUUCACAGUAAGGGACAAACGGUCCAAAUUUGCAACUGUUCAUAUGGUCACCAGCCAGGUUCCACUUUCUCUGCAACGUAGCCAACACCUUAGGAUGAACAUGGAAAGCAAUAGGGUAAUGUUUGAAAUAAGGGGUCUGUUUCGGACUCGAUCAAGUCUGGGAAAUUUCCUUCGAUAUUCGUAUUGGUUGUAUGGUCAUUGCACCAUUGUGAUGACUGGUCCUCCCGGUGGAGUCCUGGUAGCAAAGAAGUGCAGAACAAAACGUUAAAAGAACAGACUUUAUUGGAGUGUCAUUUUGUGGAGUCUCUCCGCAUUGUAUUUCAGUAUGUUGUUUCUGUUUUGGAUUGAUAUUGAGAUCUUAUUCAUUGAUCACAACAAUAUUGUCACACAAUUCGAU